AGCCCUUUGGCCCUACCCAAGACCAGACGACACAGGCUUGCUCCUCCAAACGCAGAGAAAGAGGACUCCUACAUCUUUCGCUGGUACUGAAAAGCAUAUUCGCUCUCUCCACACGAGCCCUCACCCUUCACAACCUCUCGCUCUACACAAGCGGCAUCCUGCCCCACCAUCAGCUAUGGCGCUGCCCAAGCGAAUCAUCAAGGAAACCGAGCGCCUGGUCAACGAGCCUGUUCAAGGAAUCAGCGCGACGCCGCACGACGACAACCUUAGGUAUUUCGAUGUUACCAUCGACGGCCCUAGCCAGUCGCCUUAUGAGGGCGGUGUCUUCAAGUUGGAGCUAUUUCUCCCAGACGACUACCCCAUGACGCCGCCCAAGGUCCGCUUUCUCACAAAGAUCUAUCACCCCAACAUCGAUCGUCUAGGUCGCAUCUGCCUUGAUGUUCUGAAAAGUAAUUGGUCGCCUGCCCUUCAGAUUCGUACGAUCCUGCUCUCGAUCCAAGCACUUUUGGGCGCGCCCAACCCGGACGAUCCCCUUGCGAACGAUGUCGCCCAGGCGUGGAAGGAGAACAAGAAUCAGGCUAUUCAGACAGCCCAAGAAUGGACACAACAGUACGCGAAGCCGUGAGCCUACAUCUUUGACAUCACCCAAUUGGGCGAUAUUUUAACGUUGUCACGGGCAGGGAGGCUGUCCUCUUUUCCUAACGUGCUGUAUGGGGUUCCAAAAGCACAGCCUCCCACCAUGCCACGUAGCGAUGAUUCAUUAGUCUUUCGAAGCCUCACAUAUAACGGACUGACUCCAUUAUUUCUGCCCAUCUCUUUUUUUCAGUACUAGCCACUUUGCUGCUGCUGCAAGCCCUGGCGUUGGAUGGACAAUCUGGACAGCAUGAUAGCGAUAUAUUCGCCGUUGGCAUAAUUGAGAAAUUUAUCGUUCUUCUCUUACGCCGGAUAGCCACCAACUCUUAGACCAUGGAAAUGAAUUAUGAUCCCAAAG